AUGCGCUCCAUUGCCUUUGCCGUUGUGAUCUUUGCCGGAAUCCUGGCCUACAGCAAUGCAGCUCCUCAACUCUUUUCGAAUCGUUAUGAUUUGGGUUGGUUGGAAGCCAUCCUUAGGGAGGCAGGACAAAGGAAUAACACGGUGCGAUUCGGUAACAACACAGUGAUCAUCUCAGGAGUAUCCAAUGCUCAGGCUAAUGCCAAUGAUGGAACCAUCAGGCCAGGACCACCACAGAACCAAUGGCCUAACCCAUGGUACAACAACAGAUAUCCUUACAAUAAUGGUUACCACUAUUACCGCACUUUGCCCACUGAGAACGGAGAACUGAAGAUUGUGGAGGUGCCAAUGUCCAGCAGCGAGGAGGAAUCCCAGGAGGUGGCCUACGAUAUCAGUGACAAUCAAUCCGCAGAAGAUGUUUACCAUCAAGAGGAUCAAACCGUAGAGGAGGACGAGGAGGAUGAGGAACAGGAUGAGGAAUUGGAUGAGGCUGAGGAUGAGUUGGAUGAAGAACCAGAGGAUGCUGAAGAGGCUACCAAUGAGGAGCAUGAGGAGGUUGAAGAUGAGGAAAUCGAUCCCGAGGAGCAAGCUGUUGAUGCCGAAUUAGAGGUCAUUGAAAAGGAGCUGAUUGCCAAGGAAAGCAAUUAA